GCUCCGAGUUUGCUUUUCAGCUCUGCCGGUGCCCUUUAUCCUGCCUUGUACUGCAGCUCCUCCAAACCAGAUGCCUCUCAACUGAUGGGUCUGCAUCUGUGGGUGUUAAGACACACUAGCAGGGGAGGGCUGUGUGAAGGCAUUGGUUUUACAGUUUAACUGGUAAAAAGUCAGGAGUUAGGCAAUGCCACAUCCGUUGCACCCACGGGAGGUGCGUGUCUCAACCCAGCUCCCGGCCCCACCAUGCUUGGGGCGGGUGCAGGAGUGAGGGGAGCCUGAGCCCAGCCCUCCCUUCGCAGUGGGUUCUGCGGCUCCCAACUUCAUUUUGCAGGUGGAUGCGUCGCGAUGACGGCAAAGAAGAAUCAGGCUCUGCAGAAUGGAAGUGCCAAGGCAGUCGCUGUGGCUAACAACCUGGCUUGCCGGGGCUUGGACCACCUGGAGGAGAAGAUCCCUGCCCUCCAGUACCCUGUCGACAAGCUCGCAUCUGAACUGAAGGGCACCAUCUCCUCCCCACUCCAAAGUGCCAAAAGCACCAUUGGCAACUCCGUGGAUAAGAUCAUGGAGCUGGCAGCAGAGGGCUACGAGGCCACCAAGAGCACGGUCGAAACAACAGCAAGGUACACAAGGAAGAACUCGGUGAGCCAGAUGGCAGCCGCGGGGGUCGACACAGCCCUGGGAGGGCUGGAGAAGCUGAUGGAGUACCUGCUGCCAGAGGAGGAUGAAGAAACAGAUCAGAAGCCCAAAGAGAAGCGUGGGUCAGCAGUAAAGGUCUCCCAGAAGCAGCCCAGUGCUCCCAGUGUUCCCAGUGUGCCCAGUGCUCCCAGUGCUCCCAGCACCCUGGGCCGGAUUGGUGCCUUGGUUAGCACCGUCUCCCACCGUGCUUACCAGCAAACCACCCAAAGCCUCCAGCGCGCCAAAGCCAAAGGGCAGGAGCUGGCCACCUGGAUCCCCAUCCUGGGCAGCCUGGCCAAGCCGAGCGUGCCCGAGGCGCCGCGGGUCCAGGGUGAUGGGCAGAGCAUGGCAGCCGGCUGGCUGAGCCGGCGGCAGAGCAAGGUGCCGGAGCAGAAGCAGGAGAAGGCGGGGAAGAAAGACAACAGCCACACCAAGGAGGCAGGGGAUGGCCCUGGGCUGGUGGGCAGCGUGGCUCACAACCUGCAAACUGCCUGCGCCUCCGGCAUCUCCAGCGUGAAGAAGGUCCCGGCCGUGGCCUGGGAUGCGGCAGAGGGAUUGAUCCUCUUCACCCCCCGCAGGCUGUCCAAGGCCAUGGAGACAGUGGAUGCUCUCGGGGGGACCCUUGUCAGUGCCCCCAAGCAUCUGCUGGGCACUCUGUACAGCUACGUGCCGCUCCGCAGGCAGUCGGUGAAGGAAGAGGAGGCAGCGGGGGGCAACAAAACCAGCCCAGAGACAGAGCAGAAGGAGGAGGACGCCAAGCCUGCCGCCCCCUCUGCAGAGGAGAAAUCCCAGCUGAGGGGUGACUGGCGACUGUACCGCGGCCAUCACCCCCUCUCCUUCCUGGGGCUUGAGGACCCCCUCUUUCUGCGGCACAACCUCUACCGCAGCCCUGCCUUCGAGCCCGAGUGCCCCCUCCCGCGGAAAUCCGCCUUCGCGCCCUACAACAGGCGGGUGAGCGAGGGCUCCUACCGCUUUAGUCCCGAGGCUAUGUACAGCCGGGCUUACUACACCAACCUCUACAGCCCUGCCUUCAAGAAGGACUGAGCCAGUGGGGAGGACAAGCGCAUCCCGGCCUCCCUCUAAUUGCCCCCCAGCACGCUUUGCCUGGGCCCCCACCAACCGCCCACAUGCACCCCUGCACCGGGACAGGAGCUCAAAGUGGUAGACAUGCCAUGGGAUGUCUUCUCCUUCUGGAGUGCAUUGGGGCCAGGAUGGGGGAAUAAAGGCAGCCAAAAGCUCUGUUGGUGGAAGGAGAAGGUAGGGGAGGUGAGACCAGAGGGGACCAGAGAGGCAAAGGAGAUGCAGAAAGAGUUGUGAGACCAGAAAAGAGAAAAAGGGACCAGCCAGGCCUGGCACUGGGCCACCCUGGUCACUGAUGAGCAGACAGCAUGGACUUAGAUGGGCUAUGCAUUGAGAACAGUGCUGAGACAGAGGGAGGACAGCAGAGCCAUCAAACAUCACCACAG